UAUGAAAAAUCAAGACGAUAAACCAAAGUGGUUAUUAGAAUUAGAAAGUAGAAAACAUAAGCCUAGAUUAGCUCAUGAAACCGGAGCAGGUGCUUCUUGUUUAAAUUGUAAAUUAAUAUGCCCUGGGUUAGAUUUGCAUUUUUGGAGAAAAAUAUGUAAAAAUUGUAAGUGCAGAGGAGAUGAUCAUGACAUUGAUGAUUAUGAGUUUCCACAGUUUAAAAUAAUUUUUGGAUUAAACAGAAAAGAAAAGAAUAAUCAAUUUGUAUUAUUGCAAGUAAAUGAUAUAAAAGAACUACAGUCCCAAACUUCAUUUGAUUGGAUUCCACCUGAUACAACAAAAGAGUUAGCUGCAGAUUAUAUGAAAGCUCUACCACUUGAAAAAUUACCAAUUAAAGGUUCAGCUGGUGCUGUUUUAAGAAGACAACAACUCCAAAAACAAUUGCCUUUGCACGAUAUUGAUUACAAAACUUGCGAUGAACUUAGUGAACAAGAAAGAAAGGAGUUUAAGAAAUAUUUGGAUAAUUUAAAAAAUUGUGCAGGUCAAGGAAAAGUUGCCAAGCUGACAAAUAUACAACCUUUUAAUCAAUCUUUGAUGACUCCAGUCAAUGCAACUGAUGUGCAACAAUUUAGUCCUCAAGAUAAUGAACAUUUAUCCAAUCUAAAUAGCAUAUUAAAUCUUCGUACACCAAGCAAUUUCAUUUCAAAAAUGCUUCAAACGCAUUCAAAAUCUAAUGUACCAUUUAUAUUUAGCAAUGAUAAUAUUCUGCUAACUUCUAAUAUAGAAAGAAAAGAAGCACCAUAUUUACAAGCUAACAAUAAAGUUCGUUCUCAAUUAGGACAAUAUAACUAUUCGUUGCCAAAUAUUUCAAAUCAUAGUAAUUUCGCUGAAGCAAUCAAUAUAUCAAGAGAUUAUUCUUUACAAGCCAAUAUAACAAAUGCUAAUAAUAAAAAAACAUAUCUUUCAAAAGAGAAUAAAUCAUGUUAUGAAUUGAAAUAUUCCAAAAAUCCAAAUUCUUUUGUAAAUGAAGAAUAUGCGAAAUAUAAAGCUCAUAAGGCUUCAAAACCCAUUUUAAGUGAUUCAAGAACACAGGUUGAAAAUUCAAGUUGUCAAAGUGAACAAAAUUUUAAAAUUUUAAGUAACUUAAGCUCUAAUACUUUAUUUACUAAACAAAUACUUUCAGAAGCUCUUUUAUCACCAAGUUCUGUAAAUACUAGUAAUAUCGUUGGUAGUAGCUUAGAUGAAAAAGAUUUAAUGUAUAUUCGUGAAAAACCCAGUAGUAAAUAUAGCAAUAAAAAUGAUUAUCAGAAUGCAGUAGUUUCAAGAGAAUUAGAACAUAUAAGUCAUCCUUCGUUCGUUUUAAAUUCUGAACAAAUAAUGAAAGAUUUUUAUCAAAUCAAACCUUUUGAAAAUAAACCUACGGGUUUGAAUGAAAGUAAUAAAAAUGAAUUUUCUUCACAAUUAUUGCCUAAGCCAUUGGAUCACCUUCAAGCUCAACUUAGUAUUUCUUCGCUCCCACAGUCAAGUGUAAUAUAUUCUGAAAUUUUAAAUAAUCCUAUCUUUCCAGAAACAGCAUGUAGCGCCUCAAAUACUUGUCAAAAUCCAGAGAAUAGUGAGAAAUUAUCAGAAAAAAUGGAAGGAUUGACAAUGCAUGAUGAUAAGUUAAAUCAAUGUUAUAAAUGUGAAGAAGUUAUACAUUCUGGAAAUGUUAUUGUCACAGCAGAUAAAAUUAAGGAUGCAGUGUGGCAUCCAGGUUGCUUUGUAUGCUCUACAUGCAAUGAACUUCUUGUGGAUUUAGUUUAUUUUAUUUACAAAGGUAAAUUAUAUUGUGGAAGAGAUCUUGCAAAUCAUUUAGAAAUGCCAAGAUGUUUUGCCUGCGAUGAGCUCAUAUUUGUUCGAGAAUAUACAGUAGCUGAAAAUCAUAAUUAUCAUGUGAAACAUUUUUGUUGUUGGGAUUGUGAUAUCCCAUUAGCUGGAAAACAAUAUAUUUCAGAAAAUGAUAGACCUCUUUGUUUACCUUGUUAUCAAAAAAAUUAUGCUAAAACUUGUAAUACGUGCAAUAACAUUAUUGCUGCUAAUCAACAAGGAGUGACAAUAAAAAACCUUAAUUUUCAUGCAACAGAUUAUUGUUUUUGUUGUUUUAUAUGUAAAAAAAGCCUUUUAGGAGGUCAAAUAGCUGUAAAAAGAAAUAAGCCUCUCUGUAGUAAAAAUUGCAUUACAAAACUUUUACUCUAAAUAACUAAGAUGAUGAAAUGUA